UCUUAGAAUUUAAAUAAACCUAUUGGUUAAACUGAAACCACAAAAUUAGCAUUUUAUUAAUCAGUAGGUUUAAAUAGCUUGAAAGCAAAAGUCUGCCAUCACCUUGAUCAUCAACCCAGCUUGCUGCUUCUUCCCAGUCUUGGGUUCAAGAUCUUGACAACCAUGAAACUUCUCAUCCUUACCUGUCUUGUGGCUGUUGCUCUUGCCAGGCCUAAACAGCCUAUCAAGCACCAAGGACUCCCUCAAGGAGUCCUCAAUGAAAAUUUACUCAGGUUUUUUGUGGCGCCUUUUCCAGAAGUGUUUGGAAAGGAGAAGGUCAAUGAACUGAGCACGGAUAUUGGGAGUGAAUCAACUGAGGAUCAAGCCAUGGAAGAUAUUAAGCAAAUGGAAGCUGAAAGCAUUUCGUCAAGUGAGGAAAUUGUUCCCAUUAGUGUUGAGCAGAAGCACAUUCAAAAGGAAGAUGUGCCCUCUGAGCGUUACCUGGGUUAUCUGGAACAGCUUCUUAGACUGAAAAAAUACAACGUACCCCAGCUGGAAAUUGUUCCCAAUUUGGCUGAGGAACAACUUCACAGUAUGAAAGAGGGAAUCCAUGCCCAACAGAAAGAACCUAUGAUAGGAGUGAAUCAGGAACUGGCCUACUUCUACCCUCAGCUUUUCAGACAAUUCUACCAGCUGGAUGCCUAUCCAUCUGGUGCCUGGUAUUACGUUCCACUAGGCACGCAAUACCCUGAUGCCCCAUUAUUCUCUGACAUCCCUAAUCCCAUCGGCUCUGAGAACAGUGGAAAGACUACUAUGCCACUGUGGUGGAACAUGUGGAGCAGUGCUAUCUAUUCGAUAAGUGAUAAUCAUUCUGAUGAAAAUAGGAGGAAAAUUUUCUCUCCAAAGUAAAAAUUCAACUUUAUCCUCCUUGCACUUUUACUAAUCUUUAAAUGCUUUUCUUUUGAUUAUACCCAUGAUAUACAUUAGAAUGCAGUGUGGGGGAUAAACUGCAGAUUUUGGCAUUCCUAAAGUCCUAACUUGAAAUCCCGAUCUUUUUUUUUUUUUUGCUUACUUGAAAUAAUAUAAUGAUGCUUGUUUUUAUAACCUUGAAGGUGAUUAAAUAUAAUAAUCUAUUAAGCAUACUGCUGGGAAAAUUAGUGCUCAUUUUUUGAUUUAGCAAAAUUUUAUUACUGACUACCUUACUCACAUUUUACCAAUUUUUGUUCCUUCAGAAGAGUCAAGUGAAUUCUGAGGGACUCCACAA